AUCAUGGCGCCGGCAAAAGACAGACUUGUUGGACGGGUGGAUAUACCUCUGUAUUCGAUAAAUGCCGUGUCGGAGAGACAUGUUGUCGUCGCAGGAGGUGGCGGGAAAGCGAAGACUGGUGUCGCGAACAAAAUCGAGGUACUCGAAGUUGUCCCGGAAGAGAAAGGCACAUUUACAGCAGAAGUUGUGGCCAGCUAUGACACAUCAGAUGCCGUCAUGAACGCUACAGUUUGUCAGAUAAAAGACUCGAGGCAUCUUUUCAUAGCUGCCGGAAUCGAGGACAUGUGCGAAAUGUACCGGAUGAAGUACACCAUACAAACCCCGAAGUUCAGCAACGGGGCGGUCAAAAACCAUGAGGCACCGCUCGAGAACGUUGCCAACUUGCGAAAACGCAAGGCUGCAGCCGGAGACGCUGAGCCUGCCCGGGCUCAGCCGAACGAUCGGGACGCCAACCUGAACUCGCUGAGAUUGGGGUUCGACAUAACGCCAGAGAUCUCUUUCAAGAGCGAUUUCAGUGAGAAGAACCCCUUCCAAAAAGUUGUCCGAUUCGCACCUCUGAAAGGAGUCAUCCUCACCGGCGGCGGUGAUGGUUACUUGCGAGCCUGGAAGAGUCCCACUUUCAACAAAGUGUUCGAGGUAAAAGCUCAUGAGGGACCGAUCGAUGACAUCGCCGUAUCGACUCAGGAUGAAUCUAUUGUCACCAUCGCAAAAGACGGGAAGGCUUCGGUAUGGGACUUCAAUGGAAAAAGAGUUCUAGAUCUGCACGUGGAUCUACCAGUUCAGGAUAAAUACGUCUACAGGAACUGCAGGUUCGGAAUCGUCGAAGGCAAUAAAUCGGUAUGUCGUAUGUUCACCUUAUUGAAUCCAGCCGCGUAUAGGCGCCCACCUCGACCGACAUACAUCGUGAAAUGGAAUCCACACAAGGGUUUCAUGCCCGAAAAGAUCAAGGAAGCAGGGGUCGAUUGCUUCUCCACCAUGGCCGUGAGCGACGACGGCGUUUUCAUCGGAGUGGGGCGAUUGUCCGGCGCGGUCGAAAUUUACAUAUCCUUCUCACUGGAGCGGAUCUAUGUCUGUGAGAAAUCUCAUAGUACAUUCGUGACGGGUUUGACCUUCCUGCGCUCAUCCCGAGAGACGAGAAAUUUGACUCAAAGUGAUGCAACCCUGAUCUCCAUCUCUGUCGAUAAUAAGUUGAAAGCACACUGUAUACCUCCCCAAUCAUCCAUGAGUGUUCUCGGUAUCGUAUGCUUCUUCAUCUGUUUUAUGAUUCUAGUCUAUAUCGUACUAAAUGUCCUAGGAUUAUAGUGAAAUCGGAGCUGAUCGAUCAUACAAAUAAAAUGAUCUUCACUUUAUACAUAAAACA